CUUCUUGUCAGUCGUUGCAUCAUGCAUCGAUAUUCGUCGAUUUUUAAUUACUUCAAGUGUUGCUGUGGCGUACUCCGUCUAUUUCAAAUGCGGGAGAGCCUAGAGUGGAAACGUUGGGCUCUAGGUGCGACGACGUGGGAGCCGCGACAAGGAAAGUUAGAGAAAUUUGCGUUCUGAUGGCAGCGUCAUAGAAAACAAAAGCAGAAGUCAAGAUUCAAGCUGUAGUGAGCAGAUGAAAGACAUUGCCUAGAUAGAUCUAGAAGCGUCACGUGAUUUAUAUUUCAACUUGCAUAUUUGGUUUAUCAAGGAUGGCGCCUAUCAGUAAUGUUGAGGACACUAUUGCCACUAUCCUUGCCAUUAUUGUUUUCUUUAUGCAGGCUGGCUUUGCAUUUUUGGAAGCUGGUUCAGUUCGAUCUAAAAACACGACCAGCGUACUGUUCAAGAACUUUAUGGAUGCUAUUUGUGGCUGUGUUGCAUAUUGGGCAAUGGGAUAUGCACUUGCCUUUGGAGAUGGCAAUGCAUUUAUGGGAACGGAGCACUUCUUUCUUUCAGGAGUUAGACUCUAUGAUACAGAGUUGGUGAAAUGGUUUAUUUUCUACGUUUAUGCUAUUACGGCGACCACAGUUGUGAGUGGAGCUAUGGCAGAGAGAACACAACUGAAGAGUUAUUUGAUAUUCACCAUUUUAUGUACAGGAUGGGUACAGCCUAUUGCCUCUCAUUGGGUAACUUCAGAAGAAGGAUGGUUGCAAUCUGGUUUUUUUGAUGAGAAUUACAAUGUGACUAUUCGCUAUGUGGAUUUUGCUGGAAGCAGUUACAUUCACGUUGUUGGAGGGAUGUCUGCUCUUGUAGGUGCUGCUGUAGUUGGUGCACGUAGCGGUCGUCUUGAUGAGAGAGGAAAUCUGGUAACGAUAUCAUCACAUGCAACAACAAUGUCAACACUAGGAGGGUUUAUUGUAAUAUUUGGCCUCUUUGCAUUGAAUUUGAUUGCUCACAGCAGUAUUUCUGAAAUCAAUGAUGGCGGCAUACAUGGACUUAUUGUCGUCAACUGCAUACUGGCAGCUUCUGGAGGUAGUCUCACUGUUGUAGUAUAUAGACGACUGACUGAUCGGCAAAAUAAACAAUGGAGUCUUGUUGCCGCUAUCAAUGGCUCAUUAGUUGGACUGGUAAGUUAAUAUUAUGGUAACUGCUUAAUGUGUGAUAUACUAUAAAAAAUUAUAUUUAAAUAAUUGUAAUGCAAUUUGUAUCAUUUUUGGUGUAGGUUUCUAUUAGUGCAGGUGCUAAUGUGGUAUAUCCAUAUGGAGCAUUUGCUGUUGGUUUAGUAUCAGGGUUGGUGUACAGCUUUUCAACAAAGAUGGUUGAACGUUACAGAGUGGACGAUCCAUUGGACGCUAUUGCAGUGCAUCUUGGUGGUGGCAUAUGGGGAGUUUUGUCUGUUCCAUUUCUGGAUGCCAAUAUGGGCCUAUUCUACAAAGGAAACAGACUCUCCAUGCUAUUCAUUGGCUGGAAUUUGUGCGGCUUGUUUGUGAUAGCCAUAUGGACAUUCAUGUGGGCUUCUGUUAUAUUUGGAAUUUUGGCCUGCUUGAAUGUUCUUCGGGUUUCAUCGGAAGAAGAACGAAAAGGUCUUGAUGUUGUAAAGCACGGUGAAAGAGCAUAUGCCCAAAAUAGCAAAGACAGCAGGAGACUGACUCGCAGAUUUUCUGAUGCUCUCGGUAAUGUCCAUGGAAUUAACCUAGCAACUGGUUUGCAGUGGUCUUCUGAUGGUUGUGAAAUGCAGCCUGAGCAGCCUACAGUAGGAGGCACUGUUGCUGAAAAUGUGAAUGUUGACGAUGGUAUUAGAGCUUCUACCCCUACCAAAGAAUUGCCCAGCAGCAGCAUGGGGCCACUGGAAAUAUCCUCGGUGUAGCAAAUAUGCUGCCAAUUAUAUGAACCAAUUUAUGCAAUUAUACAAAUUCUGGAACUCUAUGCAGUAAACAAUGCUUUUACAAAUAAUUAGUAAUGUAUAGUUGUCUUCUGCAUUGAUUGUUUGAUGCACUACACUUAUUGAUCCACCGCUGAUCUUGUUAUGCUUUUCUGCUUUUCUGCACGUGACAUUAAAAUCAAGAUUAUGUGUUAUAGUUGUGAUAUUUAACAGCUUUACUUACAUAACUUAUUCUUCAAUGAUAUUUAGUAUAU